GUUUUGCUUUUGAGGAGUCUUUUGUUGUUAGAUAUGGGAACAACUAAUGAUAGAGAUGAACGUGGUGGCUUACCUAUGCUGUCUUCCAAAAAUGGUUCCUUGUUUGUGCCUGCUCCACCUACAUCCUUACAUCCAGAUGCAAAGCCAGAAGAACUUGACCAACCUAAACAUUCUACUAUGUCAAGGCCGGGGUUUGGACUUCUGUGUCAAUCUACUUGCAUAUCAUUUUAAAGUUUCUGUGAAGUGUCCCAAUGAAACUUUUUGCCAGUACAGACAGUGACAACAAAGCUGUUAAUGGCAGAUGCAUUCGGAGAAAAGUCAUAAACUUUAUCAAGCAUAUUCUUCUGAGUUUUCUGGGAAGAGGUUUGCAUAUGAUGGAGAAAAAUGCUUGUACAGCAGGGCCCCUAGAACAGAACAACAUGAAGUAUACUGUAGUUCUUGAAGAGGCUACCGGCAAAAUGUAACUGUGUGGAUUACUUCUCAUUUCUUUGGCAUAAGAGUAUAUGUCCAUUGAGAAGUAUGAGAAUGAAAAACUUUGAUGUUGAAACUUGAAACACUCUAGGUUAACGCAAUCCAAGCUGUAUUGUAUCCUCUCCACCUUAAACCACUACACUUUUAAAUUUUAAAAUCCUUCAUAUGUUUGACAACUAGGGUAGCUCCACCUCUUUAUAUUGAUCUUAUUCGUGCAUUAUGCUCUUACACAUGGACUGGUGGAUUCCUUGGUGAUUCUGUUAAAAGGCCCAAGGGCUCUUUACAACCAAGGAGGUUCAUAGCUGAGAUAACUUUUUCUGCCAAAAUACCUUAGCUCGAUAUAUCACGCCCCUGAAGGAGCUGACCCAGAACAUGGUCCAAAUGCACUGAGGGUCCUUGACGCUAUACUGAGACAAUGGGCAGCUAAUAGGUAGCAAUUUAUUUCUUCACGUCAUGUGUAACGUUUGUUUCAGCUACAAGUCUACAACAUAUCAAGAUUUCAGUGCUUCCUACAAAGGUUGCCUCUUGGUUGGUCAGUCAUUCUUUCAUGAUGACUCAAGAAACUGUACUGAAAUUGGUGGGGGUGUAACUGGUGUAGAGGGUUCCAUUAUAGCUUUCGCACAACUCAUGCUGGCUUGACCCUCAAUAUGGGGUUUUCCCUGAAACAACUUAGCAUAUGCAUAUCAUAGUGGCAGAGAAGGUUAGAUGUUUUCUGUGGCUGGUGAUGAAAAAUAAAUUGCUUACAAAUGUGGAAAGGGAGAAGCGACAUAUGGCUGAUGAUGCUUGCUGUCCAAUAUGUAACAAUGCGGAAGAAACAGUGCUGCACAUUCUUAGAGAUUGUUCUUUCGCGGCUUCAGUUUGGAGGGCAAUUGGCCUGGGGAUAAAUAGAAUGGGUGAGGACAUUUUAAACAGUUUUGAUUGGAUUUAUAGCCACUGUGUUAACUCUAGAAGUGCUCCGGGCAGAAAUCUGCAAGUUUCUAGAUUUGCUUACACAGCCUGGUUGGUUUGAAAGACACGAAAUGCGCUGAUAUUUGAGGGCAUUUAACCAGAUGUGCACUGCCUUGUGAAGACUGCCAAACUCUUAGCUGAAGAGUAUACAAUUGUUUGCUCUUGGAAUCAAAUUAAACAACAAAGAGUAGCUAAACCUAUUAGAUGGAUUCCACCAGAAGUAGGUUGUUUGAAACUCAACUGUGAUGGGUCUUGCUGGGGUAGGGAUAAGGUGGACAGAGCUGGUGGUUUAAUACGAAACCAUAAAGGGGAAUGGGUGAGUGGUUUUAUGCUUACUAUUGGUAAAACCAAUAGCUUUAAGGCUGAGCCGUGGGGCCUUAGACGUGGGCUUCUGUUAGCUCAGGAUCUAGAUCUGAAGAAGGUAAUUGUUGAAACUGAUUCAGAAACCAAUUCAGGCUCUGAAGAAUAAAGAUGGGCAGAAUGCUAAUAGUAUGGGAGUAAUUGUGCGGGAUUGUCAGUAACUCUCGGCCGAAGAGAGAUUUAUUAAAUUACAACAUACCUUUCGUGAAGGGAAUAAAUGCGCAGACAUUUUGGCGAAUGCAUCACACCAAGCGUGAAAAGAUGUCUCUAACACCUGGAGCUGUAAUUGACUUUUUGCUUGCAGACCAGAGCAUAAAGGAGAGGCAUUAUAUUAUUGACUGGGAUGACUGCAAGAAUAAUCAGUAGUGGAUUUUAGCAUUUCCCCCCUACGAUUUUCCUACAUGCUGAUUAAAAGCUAAUUUCUACAGGCAAAGAAAACAUUAAGAAAUAUGAGGGUUAAAGCUAGGCAUAACAACAUGAAGUUCAAAAUCAUAGGGUUAAGUGAGCCACCUUGCCAUAAGCAAUUGCAAGUUUUUUUUAAUCUUGCAGCAUGUUUAUUUUAUGCUAUCAACAGAUGAACAGAUCAUGUUUUUGAUGUGUGCCUUUGGCGUUAAAGCUUUUCCAUGAAAAAGAAAAACGAAGGUGGUUCACAUGAUGACGGGGAGGUGAUAAAGAUCAGUGUUUGUGAUUACUUCACUAAGCACCGCUGUGUAGAGCUCACAUAUUCUGCAUUCAUGCCAUGUGUUGAUGUUGGGAAGCCAAACAAGCCUAUUUACCUUCCAUUGGAGAUACAAAAAGGCAUUAUCUUUCACACGGGCGUUGUUUGUUGAAAGUUCAAGGCAGAAGCCUCCAGCAAGAAUUCAAGUUGUAAUUGAUGUGUGUAGUAGCAAUAUAUAAUUGUCCUUCUAGUUCUUGGACUUUCUUGGUUUAUGCCUUACUCAACUUGCAGGCUAUAAGAAACUAUAGCUUUUAUGAUGAACCUGUUCUCGCUGCUUGCGAAAUUUCAACUGAAAAGCAGCUUAUUCAAGUUGAAGGAAGGGUCUUGGAUGCACCAAAGGCAGUUUCUAUGUCCUUAUAUAGAUUGGUAAUGGUGAAGAUUGGUUUCCUUGUAAUGGCAGGUGGAACUUGAAGAAUAAGGAUGAAACAUGUUGCCAUUGAUUUUCAUUUUGUCCGACAACGCGUGCAACGUGGGCUUCUUCGAGUUCUUCACAUCUCCUCUCAUGAUCAGUUAGCUGAUGCUGUUACCAAAUCACUCUCCAGGCACCGUCUUACUCUACUAAGAGACAAGCUCAGGAUCCUUGGGAGUGACAGAAUACCUGGCUUGCGGGGGCGUGUAGAAGAAUCCAGAAAAUAUUAAUUUAUAAUAUUUUCAAUUAUUACAAUUUCAGUUUUAACCGUUACCUAUCUUUGUAAUUAGUAUCAUAAUAAUUAUUUAGGCUCCCAAUGAUUGUAUAAAUACCAUCAUAUGUUUGAGAAUAAAGUAUGCAGUUGAGUCUGCAAUUCUCUCUUCCUCUAAACUCUAUUAUGGUAUCAGAGCAGUAAGAGCUCUCACCAGCCCCUCUUCCCCGCUACUACUUUGUGAUAACAAAGGCGCUACAACUUCUUCAGCAAAUCCGGUUUUCCAUUUCAGGAUGAAACAUGUUGCCAUUGAUUUUCAUUUUGUCCGACAACGCGUGCAACGUGGGCUUCUUCGAGUUCUUCACAUCUCCUCUCAUGAUCAGUUAGCUGAUGCUCUUACCAAAUCACUCCCCAGGCACCGUUUUACUCUACUAAGAGACAAGCUCAGGAUUCUUGGGAGUGACUGAAAUACCUGGUUUGCGGGGGCGUGUAGAAGAAUCCAGAAAAUAUUAAUUUAUAAUAUUUUCAAUUAUUACAAUUUCAGUUUUAACCGUUACAUAUCUUUGUAAUUAGUAUCAUAAUAAUUAUUUAGGCUCCCAAUGAUUGUAUAAAUACCAUCAUAUGUUUGAGAAUAAAGUAUGCAGUUGAGUGCAUAUCGAUGUCCUAACCCCUCUACCCAUGGCUAAUGAAGAAAAUACAGCCAGACAGACGGAGAUUUAAUCUCCAGGAACAAGGAGACCUCGAAAAUCCGCUUGCUAAAACCUUGGCUACCCCUUCCAACAACCCCUUGAUCCCUGAUGGACUCAUAAUGCUUAACCCCAGUCAAUUCCCCGAAAAAUUAGACGGUUCUAAUUACCUGGUUUGGCGUGACCAGGUUCUUGACCUUCUGUUUGAGUCAGACUUGAGCCAAUAUAUCGAGGAGGAGACUACACUGCCACCAGAAAGCGAUGCAACCGGCCGUCUCAGAUGGAACCGGCAGGACAGACUCCUUCGCCACACCUUAGUCUCCUCCCUUAGCUCCGCUUGCAAGCCAUUAAUUGGCUCUGCACGCACUUAUGCUGAUGUCUGGAAGACACUUGAGCGGCUCUAUGGGACUCGGUCACCUUCUGCAAUUCGAAACCUCAAAGACCAGUUCCGACACAUGCGGCGGGGAGAUCAACCAGUGGGGGAGUACCUUCACAAACUUCGGACCCUAGCUGACGAACUGACGCUGACAGGAUGACCGGUCGACGAUGAUGAUUUCCUCAUUCAAGCUCUGGAAGGACUCCGGCCAGAGUUCGAAGCAAUGGCGAACUCCAUCCAGACCUCAGGCGACACUUGAUUUGGAACCAUCCAUACACUACUCGUAGGAUACGAAGACAAGCUUCGACGGAAGGAGACGUUGAACUCCAAUCCCGUGCUGACCGCUAAUGCAGCUAUCACGGAUUUCACGGGGACGGGAGAGUCUCUUGCUUUAGCCGUUCGAAGGAAUGCCAAUGGUCCAAGAGAGAAUUGCAGACUCAACUGCAUACUUUAUUCUCAAACAUAUGAUGGUAUUUAUACAAUCAUUGGGAGCCUAAAUAAUUAUUAUGAUACUAAUUACAAAGAUAUGUAACGGUUAAAACUGAAAUUGUAAUAAUUGAAAAUAUUAUAAAUUAAUAUUUUCUGGAUUCUUCUACAUCUCUCAAUUUUUGCACUCCUUUUGAAAAGCUUUUUCAAAAACCACCUCAUUACACAAAACUUGCUAUUUUUGGGUGUCAAUGCUUUAUGUGGUUGCGUCCUUACACAACCCACAAAUUAGAACCUCGAUCCAAACCAUGUAUUUUUCUAGGAUAUUGUGAUCAGCAGAGUGCAUAUCGAUGUCUUGAUCCCUCUACCCAUGGCCAAUGAAGAAAAUACAGCCAGACACCCUAUAUUAUCUUUUGCAUAUGUUUUCAUUUAUAGCAAAUUUUGACACCCUCUCGGGUUGAGCGCUGGUCAGUUGUCAACUUUUCUGCAUGAUGUGAUACAAGUCAUCUUUGCAAGGAACAAAGGCAUUCAUAUGGAAGGCCACACACGCUUGUUGAGGAAGAUCCUGAGUAUCAACUACCUGAUCCUAUAGUUCGAGUUGAAAAGAUGUUUGAGUUGCUAAUGUCCAAAAUCCUUGCUCCCCCUCAGCUUCUUCUUUGUGUCUUGCCAGAGCACAAAUGUUCAGAUUUGUAUGGUGGUUGGAUCCCGGUUUUGGCCGUUCAUUUUGAAGUACCGGGCCGCUGUUCGAACUCAAUCUUCUAAGGUAGAAAUGGCUGAAUACUUGAAUCUUUCUCUAUAAGACUUUAGCAGAUGGUGAGGAUGAUGGUAUCAUGAGAGAGCUGCCUGUGGACUUUUGUCAAACAAGCAAUGGGAGUAAACCAGCUCAAAUUAUUGUUUUCAGGCUUUAGUAUUACUAAUGACAUGGCACAAAAAUCUUUCUCAAGGAUGGUGUUAGUGAAUCACAAUUUCGUCAAGUUCUAAACAUCGAGUUGUAUAAGAUGAUCAAGGUAGGAGUACCGUACUACCAACUGGGAGUGCAAGAGCUAUUGUUCUGCUAGCGUGUCUGCAAAAUGGUGCAUCAUCUUAUUGUAUCACAACUAAUAUAUGUGAAGAAUGCUGAACCUUUUCUUCACCAGGCAUGCACGCAUCUUAAUGAGGUCAAAGUUCCCAAAUUUACUGUGAUUGUGGCCCAGAAGAAUCACCACACAAGGUUAUUCCAAGCUGGUGCCCCCGGUAAUGUUCCGCCAGCU